CAGCGCAUAACCACCGUCCACUCCCGUCCCUCUCCUCCCAGAUCAAUCAACCAGACCAAAAAUGGCGCAGCUGCAGGAGACGUACGCGUGCUCGCCGGCGACGGAGCGCGGGCGCGGGAUCCUGCUGGCGGGGGACGCCAAGACGGAGACCAUCGCCUACUGCUCCGGCCGCAGCGUCAUCUUCCGCCGCCUCGACGCGCCGCUCGACGCGUGGGCCUACACGGAGCACGCCUACCCGACCACCGUCGCCCGCUUCUCCCCCAACGGCGAGUGGGUCGCCUCCGCCGACGCCUCGGGAUGCGUCCGCGUCUGGGGCCGCAACGGUGACCGCGCCCUCAAGGCCGAGUUCCGCCCCAUCACCGGCCGCGUCGACGACCUCCGAUGGUCCCCCGACGGCAUGCGCAUCGUCGUUUCCGGGGACGGCAAGGGCAAGUCCCUCGUCCGCGCCUUCAUGUGGGACUCUGGGAGCACUGUUGGUGAAUUUGAUGGGCACUCAAAGAGAGUUUUGAGUUGUGAUUUCAAGCCAACCCGACCAUUCCGCAUUGUCACAUGUGGUGAAGAUUUUCUGGCAAACUACUAUGAAGGACCACCAUUCAAAUUCAAACAUUCCAUAAGGGAUCACACUAACUUUGUUAACUGUAUCCGGUAUUCACCUGAUGGAACCAAGUUUAUCACUGUGAGUUCAGAUAAGAAGGGUUUAAUAUAUGAUGGCAAAACUGGAGAUAAGAUUGGAGAGCUAUCCAGUGAAGGCAGUCACACAGGGAGCAUAUAUGCUGUUAGCUGGAGUCCUGACAGUAAACAAGUUCUAACAGUUUCUGCUGAUAAAACUGCGAAAGUAUGGGAUAUCAGUGAGGAUGGAAGUGGAACGUUGAACAGAACUUUGGUUUGUACUGGUAUUGGUGGUGUCGAUGACAUGCUUGUGGGUUGCCUCUGGCAGAAUGAUAAUCUUGUCACAAUCUCUCUUGGUGGGACAUUUAAUGUCUUCUCCGCAAGCAAUCCAGACAAAGAGCCAGUAUCAUUUGCAGGACAUUUGAAGACUGCUAGUGCCCUGGCACUUUUUCCCCAAAGUAACCCAAGAACUAUGCUAUCUACAAGCUAUGACGGGGUUAUCUUAAAAUGGAUACAGGGUGUUGGAUAUGGUGGCAGGUUGAUUCGUAAGAACAACACCCAGAUCAAAUGCUUUGUUGCCACAGAAGAGGAGCUGAUCACUUCAGGGUAUGAUAACAAGGUCUUCAGAAUUCCUGUUAAUGGAGAUCAGUGUGGAGACGCUGAGUCAGCUGAUGUAGGGGGUCAGCCAAAUGCUUUAAACAUUGCACUUCAGCAACCUGAAUUUGCACUGGUUACCACAGAUUCUGCGAUCGUAUUGCUGAACAAGUCAAACGUCACUUCCACAACAAAAGUUAGUUACACUAUCACUUCGUCUGCUGUUUCUCCUGAUGGCACUGAAGCUAUCGUUGGUGCUCAAGACGGGAAACUGCGGAUCUAUUCCAUCAGUGGGGAUACUGUUACAGAAGAAGCGGUACUUGAAAAACACCGGGGUCCUAUUACUACCAUACAUUAUUCGCCGGAUGUUUCCAUGUUUUGUUCUGCUGAUUCCAACAGGGAAGCUGUUGCAUGGGAUCGGGCAACUAGAGAGGUGAAGCUGAAGAACAUGCUGUUCCACACAGCUCGGGUAAACUGCCUGGCCUGGUCACCCGACAGCCGUUUCGUCGCCACGGGCUCGCUGGACACCUGCGCGAUCAUAUACGACGUAGACAAGCCAGCGGCCAGCCGCACCACCAUCAAGGGAGCUCACCUCGGCGGGGUCCACGGGAUCUCCUUCGCCGACAACGACACUCUGGUGACCGCCGGCGAGGACGCGUGCAUCCGUGUCUGGAAACUGGCGCAGCAGUAGGCGCUCAGGCUCAUCCCCAUUCAUCAGUUAGCAUGGCCGCCUAUCAAAAUAAACAUCGCUAUGGUCGGCCGCUGUUUCCCUGUUUCCCGCAGGCCGCGGUGGCGGCGCUUUCUAGCCUGUGUUUUUUUUUUCUGUGUGAUGUGAUUCUUUCGUGUGCUCCAGGAAGAAAGAACCCUACUGUCAUCGUUUCCUUCCCACGCAUCGUCUGGUUUUGUGGGGUGCUGAGAAUACAGGGGGUGAUGGUGUGUUGUGAUAUUUUGUCUGUGUGCUCCCUGGAGUGGUUAUAUUUUUUCUGUGUUUGCUCCCUGCACUGGUUGUUAAUAACUGAGACAAUUUUUGUACUUGCGUUUUCAUGAAAUCAUACACAUGUGCUUUGUACCCUA